AUGGCUCACGAUACUUGGACUUUACGGCCAACGCUACCGGUUGAAAUUACUGAUCUUGUAGCUGUCUGGCACAUCUAUCGAAUCCCGAUCAUCCUCACCACGGUAGUAACUUUGAUAAUUGUUCGAACGUUUUUGCAUCUGCGAUUUCCUCGACACAAAAUUACAGACACGCCACCGAUAUCCCCCCCUCUACCAGCUUUGAAAGAGAAACCAGCUCCAGCAGAGAAGAAGCCCACUGUAGAGAAGGUUCCCAGAAGGAUUGUAGGCGGGCUUAAGAAGAGAAAGUCUUCUCAGGAGGAUAUAAAAUCCGACAAGCAAAAUAUCAAAGUUCUGGUAUUCUUCUCCUCGUUAACUGGCACAACUGAGAAGACUGCCAAAGUUUUUACAGAAGCUCUUGCGAAGAGCACAAAGAAGCUUGAGGAUACUACCUCUACCACUUUUUUGGAGCCCGAAAUACUCGAUUUAUCAUACAUAGAUUACGACGAGUAUUUCAUCAAUCCUCCCAAAUCGGAUUCUGAAGUUCGCUACUUUUACUUAUUACUACUGCCUACCUAUAACAUCGACACUGUGCUCGACAACUUUCUCGAGCAUUUGCAGGAAACACAUAAUGAUUUCAGGAUAGACACGGCGCCUCUCUCGCCACUUUUGGGAUACUCGGUAUUUGGAUUUGGAGACAGGGAAGGAUGGCCUACUGAGGAAGAGGGAUUUUGUUCCCAGGCUAGAGAUGUGGAUAAGUGGAUGGCGAAGUUGACCGGGAGGAAAAGAGCAUUUCCUCUUGGAAUGGGAGACACGAAAAAGGAUGCCGCAGACCGACUCGCAGAAUGGAAAGACGGCAUCGAAGACGUUUUGAAUCAUAUUGCGACGACAGGAUCUCUGGGAGAGGGGGUUGUUGGCAGUGGUGAUGCCGUGGAGAGUGACGUUGAGGACGUGGAUGAGGAAGGUGACGUGCUAUUCGAUGAGGAAAACGUCGCCCAAAGGAAAACCAAAGCUCAGAAAAAAGACGCUCUGAAUGAUCUUGAAGAUAUUGGAAGUACUCUGAAUAAGACAGAAGUCCCAGAAGCCGACCUGGAAGAGCUUGAGUUGGAUUUCACAACAUACAGCAAGAAACCAGGGUCAAAAGCAGCGGCGGUCAUCAAGGAAAUGGUACCUAAGAACUCACCAACUUAUACGGCACUAACCAAACAGGGUUACUCCAUAGUUGGCUCGCAUUCGGGUGUCAAGAUAUGUCGAUGGACCAAAUCAGCACUUCGAGGCAGAGGUUCCUGUUACAAAUACUCCUUCUACGGCAUUGCUUCUCACCAGUGUAUGGAGACAACACCAUCACUGUCAUGUUCUAAUAAGUGUGUCUUCUGUUGGCGUCACGGAACCAAUCCAGUUGGAACAACCUGGCGGUGGAAAGUCGACCCUCCAGAAAUGAUAUUCGACGGUGUGAAAGCUGGCCAUUACCAAAAGAUCAAGAUGAUGCGUGGCGUACCAGGCGUUCGAGCUGAGCGGUUUGCAGAAGCCAUGCGCAUCAGACACUGUGCUCUGUCACUAGUUGGCGAGCCCAUCUUCUACCCUCAUAUCAAUGAGUUUACAGCCAUGCUUCAUAAAGAGCAUAUCUCCUCCUUCCUAGUCUGCAACGCGCAACACCCAGACCAGUUAGCAACCCUCAAGCCCGUUACACAACUUUACGUCUCCAUCGAUGCCUCAAACCGCGAAUCCCUCCGCAAAAUCGACAGACCUCUCCACCGAGACUUCUGGAAGCGAUUUAACCGCUGCCUCGAUAUCCUGCGCGAGCGCCGCUUUGAACAGCGCACUGUGUUCCGCCUCACGCUCGUGAAGGGGUUCAACAUCGAAGAUGAAGCGGAAGGCUAUGCAGCUCUCGUCGAGAAAGGUCUCCCCUGCUUCGUCGAAGUUAAAGGCGUGACCUACUGUGGUACCUCCUCCUCGGCUGGCGCAGGUCUCACAAUGCAAAAUGUACCCUUCUACGAAGAAGUAUGUGCUUUCGUCGAAGCUCUCAAUGCUGCUCUCGCCCGCCGCGGUCUGGGCUACGGCAUAGCUGCCGAGCAUGCCCAUAGUUGCUGUAUUCUGCUUGCGAGCGAACGGUUCAAGGUCGAGGGGAAAUGGCAUACUCGGAUUGAUUAUCAAAAGUUCUUUGAGUGUUUGGAGAGUGGUGAGGAUUUUAGGCCCGAGGAUUACAUGGGCCCUGAAACGCCGGAAUGGGCGACUUGGGGAAAUGGAGGGUUUGAUCCCAGGGAUGAGAGAGUAUACCGGAAGGGGAAGAAUAAGAUUGCUUUGACGGAGAAGCAGGGCGAGGUCAUGGAGAUAUGA